CAGGGGGCAGUGGGAUUGAUAGGGAUGUUUCCAUCAUGGCGGCAUCCAUUUCAGGUUAUACUUUUAGUUCUGUGUGUUACCACAGCGCCAAUAGCAACUCGGAUCAUGAGGGCUUCCUAUUAGGAGAAGUAAGGCAAGAGGAGACGAUCAGCAUCAGUGACGCGCAGAUAAGCAGCGUGGAGCUCAUCCAGGUUGUAGAAAUCCAUAAUCAUGACCCCUGUGCACGGUUGUUUAGCUUUUAUGACUAUGCGGGCAAAGUCAACGAAGAACAUCUCAGCAGUCUUCUAAAAGAUAGGCGAAAACAUGUGAUUGGCUGGUAUCGGUUUCGGCGGAACACGCAGCAGCAGAUGUCCUUCAGGGAGCAGGUCGUCCACAAGCAGCUGACGCAGCUGCUCGGCGUGCCCGACCUCGUCUUCCUCCUCUUCAGCUUCAUUUCCACGGCCAACAGCUCCACGCACGCGCUGGAGUACGUGCUCUUCCGACCCAACCGCAGUAGGUACAGCCAGAGAAUCACCCUCGCCAUCCCCAACCUCGGCAACACCAGCCAGCAGGAGUACAAGGUCUCCUCUGUGCCCAACACCUCGCUCAACUACGCCAAGGUCAUCAAAGAACAAGGGGCCGAAUUCUUCGACAAAGACGGCGUGAUGAAGGAUAUCCGAACCAUAUAUCAGGUGUACAGCGCGCUGCAAGAUAAAGUGCAGGCCGUGUGCGGGGAGGUCGAACAAAGUGAACGCACGAAGGAGAAAAUUCAAGACAAUGUGAACAAGCUGAAAGAACAAAUUGCACUCAGGAAACGCAAAACGGCAGAAGAGGAGCGGAUGCUCCGCGAAGCCCGGAAUCUCAACUCUACUCCGGAGGAGAACACGGAACCUUCCGAGACGUCCCUCCCAUCGAGGACACCCUUCCACGCGCCCUCCGCCCCCGAGCGGCCCAACAUCUCCCCCAACCCGCCCUCUUACGCCGACCUGCUGUCCCAAGUUGACUCUCUGCUCUCGUCUUCUUCCCCGGCCCCCACCAGCGCUGCUCUGCUUCCCCGCCCCCAAGCCGUGGGUUCUCCUGGACACCCCGCACCGGGCCCGCUGGCCACGGGUCUCGGCACGGGCCCGGGCGUCGCCGCCCCCUCUAAUCCCGUCGGCGCGCCCAGCUCGCCGUACCUCGGCAACGGCGACGGGUCGAGCUCGGACUCAUUAGACAGGCAAGCGGCGGGGCAGGAGUUCGACGAUGAAGACGAGGACAGUAGCGAGUACGAGAACCUGGUGAGCGAAGCCCCCCGCCUGCCCGUGACCCCCGCCAACCUUUUAGCUCGAAGUCGAUUGUCGGCCCUGGGCCCUGACGGGGAUGCUCGUGGGUCGCAGGCCACAUAGAAAUGCGGCGCCGGGUGUGUGCGGGACACUGACGCACCUUCUCAAGCAAUCAUGAAAAAAAAAAAAAGUGCCAGUCCUGAAAGUGAACGGCAUGUGCACCAAGCAUCCCGCAAUGUCUUUUUUUUUUGUUGUUGUUGUUGUCUUAUCUCCAUUUUAAGGGGAAACAUCGUCAGCUCACUGGAAGGGGGCACUUAAUAUUGUGUGUGUUUUUUGGGGGAUUUUUUUUCCCCUACCACCCCCACCCCGCCUAUGGGUGCUGCCUGGGUACUUAAUUUGGGACGUGUCUGGUGUUUUAGGGUUAUAUACACAAGGAGGGUGUUACCUCUGCCAACCAGCGAAGUCCACAGAAAGGCAGGUCCUGCUUCCCCCUCUCUUUUUUUUUUUCCAUAUUACACUAACACACACUCUUGCAUCACUUUUGCACUAUUUAUUGCCUUCAUUUUGAAACCACCUCUCAAAGAAAACAAAACAAAAGGGAUGUGAUUAAUCUGCCUUUUCACUUUUGUGUUGGACUACCAAUUGUUUUCUCGUGCACGUUGUCAUUUUUGAUUUGGGAUUUGUAACUGUUAACGAAUGAUCGAUUCAGUACAAAAAAAAAAAUUGAAUCAUUGGGCAAGUAAAUGACAACUAGAUCAGCCACGUAUGAGUGCUUUAUAUAUAAAAUCUAUAUUUUCUUUUGAUGUGAGAUUAGACACGAAUGUCAACUGAAAAACACUGAAAUUGUAUCGCGCUUCGCUGCACUUAACAUAAGAAAAAUGUACGAUUUUCUUUGUGCUAUACCAAUGAGGUCCUGUCUUGCUACUUGUAACGCCCAGUCUAACCACUCCAGCUCUUGGUACAUUGUACAGGGGCUUCACAGGGCACACACAAACACAAUGUACUGUAGCUUUACUAACCGGAUGCUUAAGGGGUUCCCUUCUACUGCUGCAACACACAGAGCUACCACUAAACUUCAUUUAGAGAAGAAAAAAAAAACCCACAACAACCUGGCUGCUCUAUCCACUUUCCUCUGCUCCUUGCUAAUAUUUCUGACCAUAAUCACUUGACGCUCACCUCUCGCUCACUUGUUAACUAUUAAAGUCAUUCAUGGAAGGCUUGGUAACAUUUGUAAUGUGUGACUUUUAACCGCGGUGAUCAUCACAACAGCUUUGCUUUCUAUUUAUGGCGCAGCAAAAUUUAGGUCUCUAUUACAGCUUUGGUGGUGGUUCUCCCCUCUUGGCUAACAAUGACCACCACCCAACUGUCGCUGUUCCCAUCACCCCCCCCCCCCGCCUACCCCCCUCCAGGAAACACUAAAGUAGAAGUACAGUAGAGUCACGACUGUGACUUUGCCAUCUUUGUCGAUAGAAACAGAAAGCCACUACAAAGGCGCAUGAAACCCGCUCGGUCAUUUUGAGAGGACUAAAAUAAAAGUGGAACAGUCUAGUUUUAGGGCAAUGCAGAAGCUCGACGGUGUAUGAUGCGGUUACCAGCGGGUUGAACUGAUGUAUUUUGUCUGGAAAACAAGCUUUUAGCCAUGUAAAGACAUUUGUGUGCACAUUUGUGGGUGAUUGGGGGGCUUCAGGCCUGUCUCAUUUGCAUCACUGAUCAGGAACUGGCAUUGUUUAAAUGUGACUUCACAAUCGCAAUCUCAUGACGUACAAAAAACCUGACAUUUGUUGUAUGCUUUUCCCUGGAGAACUGGAGCGUGUGAUGAGCAAAAUUAAGUAUUGAAUGUGCAGUCGACGAGGGGGUGGGCGUGGUGGCAUGAGUUGAAUUUUGAGCCAGGAGUUUGGGAGACAUGCUCUCAAAAGCCCCUCCAAUGAUUCCUAUCCCGUUUGGAUGGUGGCUCACUUCCAAGUUGUUCUGGUUUCAACUCGAAAUGUUUCCCAUCCAUCCAUUUUCUAUUGCGUUUGCCCUCAUAAGUGUGUUGCUGGAGUCAAGCCCAGCUGAAUUUGGGUAAGAGGCGAGCUACACCCUGGAUUGGAUGUCAGACAAUUUGUAAUUUGCAAACUGCCCCCAUUCUAACUUCCGUGAAAGUUAAAACCUCUGCGCAGUAAAACUAGACAAAAUGCAACAAAUCUGUUUGCAUGCUAAUUGUUAGCUAUUUUGCUUUUAGCUACGUGCUGUUUACAUCAGCAGUUUUUUUGAUCCAAUUCAUCUUUUGUUUGUAUUGCUCGUAAUUAACUGAGCAGUCAGGUUCUUUUAGCGUCACAAGAAGGAAAAAAAAAAAGAAAAAUACCAGGAUUUCCAUUUCAGAUGCUCACUGGGCUGAAGUCUUAUACUACCUGAUGUCACCCAUGGUGGGUGUUUUUGAAGUUGUAACUCAAAUUUGUUAGCCUCAUACCAUAAAGGACCAAGUCUUUUUUUUUUUUUUUUUUU